UGGGCUCGCUGUCAAAUCCGCUUGAAUUAGCGGAAGGCAAAAUCCUUUUCUUUUCGGUCUUCGCUACUGCGAGUUAGUUCCGAACAAUUUUAAACAAAUUUUGUGAUUUUCUGAUCAUCUAGACUCAUAAAAAUGAGUUCCCUGAAAUUACAAAAGAGGUUAGCAGCCUCGGUAAUGCGAUGCGGCAAAAAGAAGGUCUGGUUGGAUCCCAAUGAAAUCAACGAGAUUGGCAACACAAACAGCCGACAAAACAUCCGCAAGUUGAUCAAGGACGGUUUGAUCAUCAAGAAGCCCGUCGUUGUCCAUUCGCGCUACCGCGUCCGCAAAGCCACCGAAGCACGUCGCAAGGGUCGUCAUUGCGGCUAUGGCAAACGCAAGGGUACCGCGAACGCCCGUAUGCCCGUCAAGAUGUUGUGGAUCAACCGGAUGCGCGUUUUGCGUCGCUUGUUGAAGAAAUACCGCGAAGCCAAGAAGAUCGACCGGCACUUGUACCACGACUUGUACAUGAAGGUCAAGGGUAAUGUCUUCAAGAACAAGCGCGUCUUGAUGGAACACAUUCACAAGCGUAAGGCAGAGAAGGCCCGUACCAAGAUGCUUAACGACCAAGCUGAGGCCCGAAGAACGCGUGUCCGUGAAGCCCGUAAGCGCCGCGAAGAACGAAUUGCCACAAAGAAGCAGGAAUUGUUGGCCAUCAUCGCCAAGGAGGAAGAGGCUAUUGCUCAGACCCAACAAGCAACCACGGCACCAUCAAAGAAGUAAAGUUAUUUCUCUAACACAACAACAACAACAUACAGAAAUUUUUCAAAAACGAUAAUAAAACUGCGAGAAUCAGUUUACAAAUCAGCAUUUUA